AACGGUCAUCUGGAGUGUGUGAGGUGGAUGGUGAGUGAGACGGAGGCCAUCGCAGAGCUGAGCUGCACCCGAGAUCCCAGUCUGAUCCACUACGCUGCCCGCCAUGGACAGGAGAAGGUGUUGCUGUGGUUGCUUCAGUUCAUGCAGGAACAGGCGAUCUCUCUGGACGAAGUCGACCAGAACGGAAACACAGCGGUCCACGUAGCGGCUCAGUACGGACACCUCACCUGCAUACAGACUCUGGUGGAGUACGGCUCUAACGUGACCGUCCAGAACCAGCAGGGGGAGCGGCCGUCCCAGAGUGCCGAGCGACAGGGACACACCACCUGCGCUCGAUACCUUGUCGUUGUGGAAACCUGCAUGUCGUUGGCUUCGCAGGUUGUUAAACUCACCAAACAGCUCAAUGAACAGGCUGCAGACAGGAUCGUUCUGCAGAAACAUCUGCAGAGACUGAUGGACCCCAACAAGGCAGAGGGGACACCGUCCAGAUCUCCCAGCUCCCAUCAGCCCUCAGUGGAGGCGUGGCCUGAGAUGUUGCUGACAGCAGAAGGGACUCCUGGUGAUGGUCAAUGGUUGGUUCGACAGGCAGGGGCAGGACCAGACUCAGUGCUGCGGCAGCUGCUGGGGAAGGACAUGUCGGACUCGCUGUGUUCCAGGGAGAGGUUGCCUCCAGCGGUUGGCCCUGGCCCCUGCGGCCCCGCGGCCCCUGGAGCCCGCAGGACGGUGCUGGGAGAGAGGAGGGAGCUCAAACUAGCGAGACUCAAACAGAUCAUGCAGCGCUCCCUGAGUGAAUCCGACACAGAUGGUUAUCCACCAGAGGAGGGUAAAAAUCAAGGAGCCUCGGGCUCCAGCACUCUGCGACCUGAUAGGCCAUCUCACCUGCCAAUCGCAGAGGAGGAGCCAGCAUCAAGCCACCUUGACCCAAUGAUGAAGAACCACCUCCCCGCCUCCGCCCCGACUUCCACCACUGAGAGGAAGCUGGCAUUUUCUCUCAGUGGGUCAAAGUCAGUGGACAGCAUCGGUUUCAACCCGUCCCCCACCUCCAGCGACCCGAGGCAGCAGACGCUAAAUAUCGGACGUUUCAACCGACUCCCACGACGCACCAAUGGCCAGAAAGUUGCCACGAGCCCCAAGAGCGCCCUGAAGUCACCCUCAUCUCGCAGGAAGACGUCUCAGAACCUUAAACUGAGAGUUACCUUCGACGAGCAGGUGCACAAGAGCUCCAAUCCGGAGGCAGAGCAGACCAAAGGGCAUCAUGGGAAGGAAAGGACUCCGACAGGAAGCUCUGAGAGUAAGCGGUCGUUCGGGGCAUUUCGCUCCAUCAUGGAGACGCUGAGCGGGAACACGAACCACAACAACAACAGUGGUGCUCAGUCGGGCUCUGCUGUGAAACCGCCCACCUGUCAGAACUCACCUGGCAGGAAGUCAGAGAGUAAAGGCAGCCCAGGGGGCGGAGCCAAGGGCAAGAGCAGAACCAGUAAUGUGUAAGCAACAAACCAGCAACCAAUCAGUGCCUACUGAGGCCAGAGCGCUUACAACCAACCACAGGGCAACGACACAGAGCAGAUCUAAGAGGCAAAGAACAGGAGAAAUGUAACCUCAUUGAUGUGUUUUCAGGUUGUAGCACUUUUUAGCUUCACACAUUUUUUAAAAACCAAACAUGCAGUCACCAUCUCCAAUGGCUGAAGUGAAAUGUUCUAAAAAUACACUUAAAUAUCCAAUUAAAAAAUGCUGAAAAUGUAAUUUAAUACAGGAAAAUAACUGCAGAUA